AUGGCUCAAGCUGCAGGUAAUACUGAUGGGGCUGAUCCAGUAGUUGAAGAAAUGGGUAGGCUAGAGAUUCAAUCUGGGUUUCCUCAAGUUCUUCUUCGGUUGGAGUUGAGAUUCCUAAUGAGGUAUCUUGGCUGCCUAUUCAGGUGUAGGGAAGCUGAAGAAGAUGUCAAUUUGAAUAAUGCGUUGGAAAGUUUUCGAGAUAUACUGGAAGAAGAUGGUUUUUAUCUCGAGUUCAUUCCUCAGGAGGAAAUGGAUACUGUAUUUUCCUGUUUGUCAAACAGAUUUGAGCAGCUGGAGCCCAAGUUGAGAAAGAUCUGUUUUACUCUGUUAGACUCCUUCGAAUCCAUGUGCAGUUCAAGUAACGAGAUCUUGAGAGUCAUGGAUGCUCUGAUCGAGCAUUUCCUGGAUCUCGACAACUUGAAGCCUGAUGUCAUUUUAUCUUUCAACAACAAAAGCUUGAUUCAUUCGAAAAAGCUGAUUUUCCUGAGAAACCUUGUUGAUGUUUCAGAAAAAACAUGUUUUGACCGUGAAACGCUGCUAAAAUUCUUGGAUUAUGUGAAGAAGGAUUGGGUGCAGAGUUCUGCAAGAUUGUCCCUUUGGUGCUUGAUUAACGGGAAGAAUGAACCUACAUUGUCUCAGGGAUUCGAAGCCGCGGAACCCGAAAUUCUACUUGAUCAGCAGAAGAAGUUUAUGUUUGGGAAUCCUGAGGUUGCAAAAAUGAUCAUACGACUCUUGACAGCUUCAAAGCCUUCAAAAUCCGACACGGUUCAAACCAGCGAAGUUGUUGUCGGGUUUGUUGCUUUUUUACUGGAAGGUUUAGCUGCUGGCCCUUUGAAGGAUUGUGUUGAAAUCCUCAAAGGGGACUUGAUAUUCAUGAUCACUUUCUGGGUGGAUCAAAAUGCUGCAGAUCGGCGUCGCUGGUUGCGAGUUAAGGUUGUCCUAAAUGAGGUAAUAUCUCUGAUUCUGUCCUUAUACAUGGAUGAAUUAGAAGUAGUGGAUAUUUCUAGUCUCCAAGUAAAGAUUGAGAAAUUGAAAUUGGAGAUUAGAGAGCUCUUAUAUGUCCCUUUUUUUAAAUCAUUGGACUUGAAUUUUCCAAUGGCAAAUGCUAUGGGAUAUAUAGAUUUCUUUCAAGAGAAUCUGAAGGAAAUGGUGAAUAACAUUGCUUUUGGGAAGGAUCAAGUUUUGAUAAUUCAAGUAAAGCUAAUUUCCUUCAAACCAUUCCUCAAGUGUAUUAUGGAUCUGCAAAAUGCGAGAGAGGACCUCAGAUAUCUUUGGAGAAGAAUUGUUAACUUGGUGUUCUUAGCUGAACAUGUCAUCAGCUCUUGUUUGGUAAAAAACCAUCCUAUUUGGUAUGAUAUGUUGAGGCUUUCCGAUGUAAUACAGGAGAUUAAGCUCAUUGAGGUUGAUGUGAAGAGGUAUGGUGAUUAUCAGAUGUACGAUAACAGAUUGGCAACAAGUUGCGAGGCUAUUUCUUCAAGUCAUGCGCCCACAAGUGAAGUGAAUACUUCAAGCCUUGAAGAUGAUAUCAUGGAUUUGAAAGAUGAGUCGAUGGCAAUAAUUGAGAAACUCAUAUGGGGAACAAAAGGGCUUCACAUUGUCGCUGUUGUAGGUAUGCCAGGCCUUGGUAAGACCACCAUAGCCAAAAGAGUGUACAAUGAUCCAUCCAUCGUACAUCACUUUCGUAAACUUGCCUGGUGUUGUGUUUCCCAAGUGUAUAAGCGUCGAGAGUUGUACCUUGACAUCCUAACUGAUGUCACGGGUGCUGAUGCUCGCCAAUCUUACUCCGGUAGUUCUGAAGACGAUUUGGCUGAAAAACUCUGGAAAUGUUUAAGGCAACAAAAGUAUCUAAUUGUUCUAGACGACGUUUGGAACAUUGACGCAUGGGAGCGCAUAAAGCAAUCAUUUCCGGAUGACAAUGUAGGGAGUCGAAUUUUAAUUACUAGCAGAAUCCAGAAUUUGAUGGCACAAGGAAAGGUAAUUAAUUGCAGUGUUCAUCCUCUUCGGUUUCUUUCUGAUGAGGAGAGUUGGGGAAUAAUGAAAGGCAAGUUAUUGCGUUUCCAUAGUUCACCCCUUGACGAUGAACUAUCCGAAAUAGCUAAAAAUAUUGCCAAACACUGCAGGGGGUUGCCUCUAUCAGUGGUUUUGGUUGCAGGAGUCCUUGUAGGUAAGAGAAAAGAAUUCUGGAAACAGAUUGAAUGUAGUACGAGUUCAAGAGUUGUUAGUGAAAUGUGCAUGGAUGUGCUUGAAUUGAGCUACAAGCAUUUGCCCGAUUAUUUGAAACCCUGCUUCCUCUAUUUUGGAGCAUUUCAAGAGGAUACUGUAGUCAGAGCAGGAAAGCUGAUGACUUUGUGGAUUGCUGAAGGACUAAUACCAAGAAAUGACAGAAAGAUAAGCUUAUAUAGAGUGGCUGAGAAAUACUUGUCUGAUCUCAUCAGCCGAAGUUUAGUGUUUGGUGACGCGAGAAGUACCAGUGGUGAAAUUAAGACAUGCCGUGUUCAUGAUUUACUACACGAUUUAUGUCUGGCGAAGACUCAAGAAGACAAUUUCCUACAUUGGGUGCAUUACCGCGAUCUAGUUUCUUCUCAGUCUUCUUCGAAUUCCAAGAAGUAUGAGAACUGUUAUCGAAUGUGCAUUGAUGCUGAAUGGGAGGAAUUUGUCAAUGCUGUUCCUGCAAGUCCAUUUGUACACUCUCUACUCGCUGCUCGUCAAGAACCCAUACAUGUUACAUGCCCCUCUAUAAUUUUCAACAGGUUUAAGCUUCUUAAUGUGUUGGACUUGGAAUGCAUUAGCAUAGAUUGUCCUUUUCCUGAAGAAGUAACAUUGAUAGUCCAUUUGAGAUACCUAGCAAUUCACUUAUAUGCAGCCAAGAUUCCACCAUCCAUUGCUAAUCUUUGGAACCUAGAAGUCUUCAUUUUGAGGUUGGAUUGGAGUAGGGGUUUCUCUCUGCCAAGUACCUUUUGGAGGAUGAAAAGCUUGAGGCAUGUGAGUUUUCCUUUGUGGCGGUUAACAUAUGGUCUUGAGAAUUAUGAAUACGGUCGAUUAGACAACUUGGAGAUUUUGGCAGCACCAUUUCUUCAAUUGGGAAAUGAAACUGAUGAACUACUUAGAAAGUUGCCAAGGCUUCGAAAGCUCAAGUGUUACUUUCCUUUUAUAAGUGAAUCUGACAGUAGAAUGUUAGCAGAAAUGAGCCACCUAACUCAUCUUCAGUCACUGAAUGUGCUGGGCUGUGGGAUCGCACCCAAAGGCGAGAAAUGGUGUCAGUUUAUUGCUUUUGAUUUACCCUGUAGUCUCAGAAAAUUAAGUCUGAAGGAAUGCAAGCUGCCAUGGAGUGGAAUUUCUAAAAUCGGGGAGUUGCCUAACCUGGAGGUUCUCAAGUUAAGAACAGGUGCAUUUUCAGGAACAAGUUGGCAUGCGGAAGAUGGAAAAUUCUCGAAGCUUAAGUACUUGGAACUCCAUGGGUUGGACAUUGAAGAAUGGAGUGUCGAAGAUGACCCGUUCCCCUGCCUCGAACAGCUUAUUGUGAAAUGCUGUGGCUUCCUUUGCGAGAUUCCAUCUGAUUUAGGAAACAUUAUUAACCUAAAGAAGAUAUUGAUCCAUGAGUGUGACCGAGCCUCGAAUUCAGCGAGGGAAAUUUUCGAGGAACAACGAGAAAAUGGAAAUGAUUUCCUUGAAGUAGUUGUUGACGACGAAUAUCUGAAGCAGCAGAGUGAAUGA